AUGACCCCCUUGAAGUGCUGGGGCUCUCUCCGCCCCGCUACUCUCCUCCUUGCAUUGAUCUUUUUGGUAUGCAAUAUCCAGCACGUGCAAGCAACGAUACCUACCUCUAAACGCUUCGAUCUGUCGAAACCAUCCUACGAUCUCUUCCGCAGCAAGUCCCUACACGAUGUGACCGUCCAGCAAGGCUUUGCAUUUGACAACACCAAUCGCCGACUAUUUGUCGCGCAGCGACGUGACGGGUCCUCCGAGAAAGCAGGGGACCUAUGCAUUACCCAACUUGACUUCGACGGCAACUAUGUGGGAUACAUGCAUCUUACCGGCUUCGGGCACGGUGUUUCUUUCGGCGUCCAAGCAGUCGGCUCGUCCUCUUACCUGUGGACGGAAGUCGAGGCCAACGGUAACGGAUAUGGCAAGAAACUCGCGCGGUUCAAGUUUGCCAGCGGAACUACCCUAUCCUCAUCCUCCUCAUCCCUCAAGAAGUAUACGCCCAUCAGUGGAGCCACUGAGCAUACUUGCUCCAUCGAUCCGGUGAAUAACCGUCUCAUUGUCCGUGCUCAGCUCAGCGGGAGCAAGCACAUUGCUGUGUUCGAUUUGGAUAAGGCAACUGAUGGAGACUUCUCCACUCCUCUGGCCAAUUUCAAGCAUCCGUCGUUGAAGACGGCAUCCCCCACUUUCCAGGGCUACGCAGCUUAUGGGCAAUACAUCUACUUGUUGUACGGCACCUCGUACGAUGCCAGCGGUGGGAAGGUUAACUCUGAUAUAACCACUGUGAACAUGAAUACUGGCGCUGUCGUCCAGGGUCCUACCCUGACAAAGGCUGGUUCGACACUGAAAUUCCGUGAACCCGAAGGAUUGGCCAUUUAUAAAACUGCAGGUGGGGAAGUCCGGCUUUUCUUGGGAUUCGCUUCGGGUGAUCCAGGUGAUCGGCGAUCAAACUUGUUCUACAAGAAUGCGCUAGUUUAG